GUUCCCAUUGACAUUCGAUUUGAUGAUCUGCGCUUCCAAGUUCUGAAUUCCCUCAAAGGGUAUUGUGGUCCUCAAUACAACGACCUUUUGGUUGGAGAUGGGAACGAAAAUGUCCGAUUCUGGAUUGUAGACGCGGCUCCUGGAGAACCUCGUGAAAUCGAUUUUCAACAGGAGUUUCCGCUGCUACAUUCUACCAUUGAAGUGUCUUCCAUUCUUCUACCUCAAUGGCUAACUAAAGAAGGAAAGGAAAGUCCACGACUUCUGCGACUUCUUGUUGUUUGGCCGUCCACUUUCCGAUACUGCAAUACCAGCAUACAAGUUGAACUGGAUGCUUCUCUUUCUGAAGUUGUGAGCUCUGGUGCUUGGGCAGUGGGUGAAAAUGGCCGAACCUCUUCUCUUAAGUCCUCCAAGUCGAAGAACUCGAAGGAUGAUGCGUCUAGGGAGCAGAAUUCCUCGACGGGUCUUACGAUUAUGAAGUGCUUGGAGGAGUUCAAGAAGUCCACCAAGGUGAAUAAAAUAGACAACUUUACUUGUCCCAAGUGCAAAAAAUCCCAACAAUCUGUCCUCCUGACAACAAAGAUCGAACAGGCUCCAAACUACCUCCUCUUGCAUCUCAAGCGAUUCGUUCAUAUGCCCCUUUCUCCUGGACUCCGGGAUUGGUCGGAAAAGUUUGCCCUGCGAUUUUUAAACGUAUGCCUAGUCUCCUAUCGUUAUCUUGCUAGUGUUAAUGCUAACAAUUGUAAGAAAGUCAAAGGUGCCAAGGGCGGUAAUCAGCCUGAACCAAUAUACGAGCUCGUAGCAGUUUGUAGUCACAAAGGUUCCAUAGAAACUGGUCACAUAACAGCCUAUUGCCGAAAUCUCUUCACCCAACAAUGGUGGAACUAUAAUGAUCUGAAAGUUCAAAAGGUCUCGUCUGAUCAGGUUGUUCAACCGGGUGCCUACCUUCUGUUCUACAAGCGGAAAAACAGCAACGAUCCGGCAGCUUUGAAACGAACACAAGAAUUGGUGGAAAGAAUUGCCGGUCAAGGCAAGUCACAAAAAUUCAAUGAAACCGCAGGAGCCACAAAAGGUCCCAAAGUUGCAUCUAAACGUAUGUCGAUGUGGUGUCUUAAACGCCCGCGAUUGUAG